CGGCGGAGCCCUUUGGGCGUGCGCAGAGUCCAGGUCUAAAAGAGCUCAAAAGUGGUAGCGCUCGAGCGCAUGCGCACACCUAGGCGUUGGCGACACAGUAGACACCACUGGGCGGAACCGAAGGAGACAGGCGCAAGGCAAUUGGAGUCCAUCCAGCGGCUGUGAGGGCGAUUUAGCUAUUCUGAAUCCAAUCGCGGGGCGAAAUUCUGGAAGACGGUCUCAGGUUUCAGCCCACUGGGGAAGGGGCAUGAAGAACCGGAUUGUUUUCCAGGUGAGGAGCAGAGGACAGCCUUAGACAACCCGUUCCAAGAGCUUGAGGUGCAGCCAGUCCCGUCCUCCAAUCUUGCCCACUCUCAUCCCAAACUAGCUCUACAAAGCAGAGCUUCUGGUCUCUGUUUCAGCUAUGAAGGGAAUGAGGCGAAGAGAAGAUGAGUCACACAGUCCUUCAACUUCGGAGCCAAGACUAGACUCGGCUUUGCCCCACUCCCAAGCCAGGUUCUUUACCCCGUUUUGCUGAUGCGGAUGCAGAGGGGAUGAUGGCCUGUCCUUAGCAAAGACCAACCUUGACCCUGAACCUCCUGCGAUGGGCGGUCGGGACUACCCAUCCCCUCAUUGCCCGCCUACCCGGGAACUCCCGGGACCUGCUCCGGCAGCCUCUGGGAGGGGAGCAGGGCUACCCGCCCGCGUCAUCUGAUGCUGUUUCCUGCAGGAGGGAGAAGAGCGGAAAAAAGUGAAACUCCACCCUCCACCUCUGCCUCCCGCCCCCGGGGCCAAAGUACAAAGGGAGGAGGAAGAAGGGAACGGGGUUGGAGCCGUCGGGCUGAGGGAGCCGGGCUGGGAAGCGGCAGCUCGGCCCAACUAGGGACACUCCAGCCACCCCCUGCGCAAAAAGACCCAACCGGAGUCCAGGCGCUGCCCCUUGCUGGCCCCACCUUACACUUGGCGAGUGCCGGAGCCAGCCUCCCAGGACUGCUCCAGGACUGAGGGACUUUCGGGCCCCUCCAAGCUGGCCAUGGUGAGAUGCCGGAGGCCCCGGGGUCCCACCCCCAGAGCCUGACCACACUGCCCUGGGUGGCCCUCUAGAAGCCCGAGAUGCGGGGGGCCGGGAGGCAAUACUCCUGGCUCCCCAGAGAGGUUUGGGUCUGGGGCUGAGGGCCAGGGCCCGGAUGCCCGGGUUCCGGGACUAGGGCCUUGGCAGCCAGCAGGGGUGGGGACCAGGGGCACCCACGGAAGGUACCCCACUUGCCCCAGUAUCGGGUCCCAGCCAUGGAGCCCUUGAAGAACCUCUUUCUCAAGAGCCCGCUGGGGUCGUGGAACGGCAGCGGCAGUGGGGGCGGUGGGGGUGGUGGCGGAGGAGGCUGGCCAGAGGGGUCCCCGAAGACAGCGGCUUAUGCCAACCCUGUUUGGACAGCCCUGUUUGACUACGAACCCAAUGGGCAGGACGAACUGGCCCUGAGGAAGGGCGACCGUGUGGAGGUGCUGUCCCGGGAUGCAGCUAUCUCAGGCGAUGAGGGCUGGUGGGCGGGCCAGGUGGGCGGCCAGGUGGGCAUCUUUCCAUCCAACUAUGUGUCUCGGGGCGGUGGCCCGCCCCCCUGCGAGGUGGCCAGUUUCCAAGAGCUGCGGCUGGAGGAGGUGAUCGGCAUCGGUGGCUUCGGCAAGGUCUACCGCGGCAGCUGGCGAGGUGAACUGGUGGCUGUGAAGGCAGCUCGCCAGGACCCCGAUGAGGACAUCAGUGUGACAGCUGAGAGCGUGCGCCAGGAGGCCCGGCUUUUCGCCAUGCUGGCACACCCCAACAUCAUUGCCCUCAAGGCCGUGUGCCUAGAGGAGCCCAACCUGUGCUUGGUGAUGGAGUAUGCGGCCGGUGGGCCCCUCAGCCGUGCCCUGGCUGGGCGACGUGUGCCCCCGCAUGUUCUGGUCAACUGGGCUGUGCAAAUUGCCCGCGGGAUGCACUACCUGCACUGUGAGGCCCUGGUGCCCGUCAUCCACCGAGACCUCAAGUCCAACAACAUUCUGCUGCUGCAGCCCAUUGAAGGUGAUGACAUGGACCACAAGACCCUGAAGAUCACUGACUUCGGACUGGCCCGAGAGUGGCACAAAACCACACAAAUGAGUGCUGCGGGCACCUAUGCCUGGAUGGCCCCUGAGGUUAUCAAGGCCUCCACUUUCUCUAAGGGCAGCGAUGUCUGGAGUUUUGGGGUGCUGCUGUGGGAGUUGCUGACUGGGGAGGUGCCCUACCGUGGUAUCGACUGCCUUGCUGUAGCUUACGGAGUAGCUGUCAACAAGCUCACACUGCCCAUCCCAUCCACCUGCCCUGAGCCCUUCGCACAGCUCAUGGCAGACUGCUGGGCGCAGGACCCCCACCGCAGGCCCGACUUUGCCUCCAUCCUGCAGCAGCUGGAGGCGCUAGAGGCGCAGGUCCUGCGGGAAAUGCCGCGGGACUCCUUCCAUUCCAUGCAGGAAGGCUGGAAGCGUGAGAUCCAAGGCCUUUUCGACGAACUGCGGGCCAAGGAAAAGGAACUUCUGAGCCGCGAGGAGGAGCUGACCCGCGCGGCGCGUGAGCAGCGGUCACAGGCAGAGCAGCUACGGCGGCGCGAGCACCUGCUGGCUCAGUGGGAGCUGGAGGUGUUCGAGCGCGAGCUGACGCUGCUGCUGCAGCAGGUGGACCGGGAGCGGCCGCACGUGCGCCGCCGCCGCGGCACCUUCAAGCGCAGCAAGCUCCGCGCGCGAGACGGCGGCGAGCGCAUCAGCAUGCCCCUCGACUUCAAACAUCGCAUCACCGUGCAGGCCUCACCCGGCCUGGACCGGAGGAGAAACGUCUUCGAGGUUGGGGCUGGGGACUCGCCCACCUUCCCCCGGUUCCGGGCCAUCCAGUUGGAGCCGGCUGAACCAGGCCAGGCAUGGGGCCGCCAAUCCCCUAGACGUCUGGAGGACUCCAGCAAUGGAGAGCGGCGAGCAUGCUGGGCCUGGGGCCCCAGUUCCCCCAAGCCUGGGGAAGCUCAGAAUGGGAGGAGAAGGUCCCGCUUGGACGAAGCCACGUGGUACCUGGAUUCAGAUGACUCAUCCUCCUUGGGAUCUCCUUCUACACCCCCAAUGCUCAAUGGUAACCCCCCGCGGCCGAGCCCGGAGCCCGAGGAGCCUCGGCGCCCAGGCCCCGCGGAGCGCGGUAGCGGCUCCGGGACGCCCAAGCUGAUCCAGCGCGCGCUGCUGCGCGGCACAGCCCUGCUCGCCUCCCUGGGCCUGGGCCGCGACCUGCAGCCGCCGUCGCCGUCUCCGUCUCCGGGCGGCCCGGGCCGCGAGCGUGGGGAGCCCUCGCCAAUGCCCCGCGCGCCGCUGCCUACACCGUCAGCCGCCGAGCCACCCCCCUCCCAGCUCAUCCGCUUCUCCCCCAAGAGGCCCGACGCCCCCGCCUCCCCGCUGAGCCCGGACGCCCCCGGCCCGCCCACCCCUGCGCCCCUGCUGCUGGAGCUGGGAGUCCCCGUGGGCCAGCUGUCAGCCAAGAGCCCCCGGCGCGAGGAGGAGAGGCGCGGAAGUGCUGUCUCACCGCCGCCAGGGAUAUCACGCUCUGCUCCUGGCACCCCAGGCACCCCACGCUCACCGCCCCUGGGCCUCAUCAGCCGACCUCGACCCUCACCCCUUCGCAGCCGCAUCGACCCGUGGAGCUUCGUGUCAGCCGGGCCACGGCCUUCGCCUUUGUCCUCGCCACAGCCUGCGCCCCGCCGGGCACCCUGGACCUUGUUCCCGGACUCGGACCCCUUCUGGGACUCUCCACCUGCCAACCCCUUCCGGGGGGGCCCUCAGGACUGCAGGGCACAGACCAAAGACAUAGGUGCCCAGGCCCCGUGGGCGCCAGAGGCAGGGCCCUGAGUGGGCUGGGCUGCUCCCCCACGCUCCAGCUGCCCUACAGGAGCCACAGCAUACACUGGAACAGGAGCCGGGCGAGCCUCUGUAGCUGCCUUGGUUUCCCCCAGGGACCCCACCCCCUUUGGGGGUCAGGAACACUACACUGCACAGGAAGCCUUCACACUGGAGGGGGGGAGCCUGCACCCCCCCCAACACCUGCAACCUGUGGGUCCCCCGACUCACCUGCCCCGUUGGGGCCCAACACUGUACCCAGCUGGUUGGGAGGACCAGAGCCUGUCUCAGGGAAUCGCCCCCAGGGGUGGUGCAGGAAGGAGGGGAAGUACAGGGGAGAGGGGCUGGCCUCGGCUGUCACCAGCACUCUUGACCAAGCCCUGCUACUGUGGCCCCCGCCCCAGGGCUUAGUGCCCGGAUGCCCCCACCCCUGCCCUGGGGGUCCUCUGGGGCCAGGACUCUCUGGGUGCCCUCCUGCCGCCCCGGCCAGGGUUGGGGCCUCGGCCUCAGGAUCCUAUGAAGCCAAAUAAACUCCCCGAGCUGUC